UAGCACAUAUCCAUAUUCAUAUUCUAUGCUCUCUUUUCAAGUAUUAUGACGUCACAAUUGUCAAUACCUUGAGUAAAAACUAGAAAGAGAGUAGAUGGCUCUUGCGAAUAUGGCUUGAAAAAGAACUAAUUGUCUCCAAUAGAGUGAAACUUGCGAGGUGUAAUUGGUUGGCUUACAGGAAAUAUAGGAAUUAUGUUGGAUUGAAAAGCCACGGCGAUGAAGGCAAAUCAGUCUUAUUCCCCGCCAUCUUUGUAUUACCUCCACCAUCCCCCCACCUUCCUAAUUCCAACAACAGCUAUUCAUAAAAUAACUUCAACAUCAGAUUCAAAGUCAAACACUACAUCGUUUCUAUCAAAAUAUAGCUACUUGAUCCGAUAAUUGAAAACUUAGGAAACAAAUUAUACACGAUGCCCCAAAAAGAAGCUGUUUCGACCGACAAGGCACCACCGCCAUUGCCCUUCUUCUCCCAAGCCAUCAAAUGUCAAGGAAUGGUCUAUUGCUCCGGUAGCAUUGGGAUGGAUGUUGCUACAAUGAAGCUUGUCGAAGGAGGUGUUGCUGAUCGAACCAAACAAGCAAUUUUGAACCUCCAGGCGGUUUUGGAGGCCGCUGGCAGUAGUCUUGAAAACGUUGUCAAAGUCAACGUCUUCCUGACCGACAUGCAGAAUUUUGCAGCCAUGAACAAAGUCUAUGCAGAAUUCUUCCAUAAGGAUCCCAAGCCAGUCAGGACUUGCGUUGCGGUACACCAAUUGCCACUCGGGACUGAUGUGGAAAUUGAAUGUACAGCUCACCAGGGAGAAGAAUUCUUGUCGUCAACAAAUUUGCUAUCAAGGCCAAAUCUUAUGACCAAGGAUUGGUAGUAAGAUGUCAGGGAGCCGAACUCUUGAUUACAAUACCACAAAUAUUUUAAAUCAAAGCGAUUUACAAUUGUUUAACUCCUUGCAGCGCUUUCAAUUAUAUCGCUUGACUUGAUUCAGAACAAAAAGAGGUGAUUGCUUCCAGCUUUUAUUUCCUUUGUAUGGCCGGCAUUCUUCGUUUCUUUGAAGAAAGCUUC